GUGGGGGUAGGAGGGUGACCUACUUUGGAGUGUCAGCAAAGACUACUUGCGUUCAGUGUGGUGGGCUCGAACCCACGACCUGCUGAUUUCCUGGUAAGAGUGCUACUGAAUGAGCCAGGCUGACACAGUCCUCUCUUGAUGGUAUUGGAGGGGAGAGUGGUGCAUUUCUGAGGUUGGGCAAGGUGACACAUUGGGUGUUUGUAGUCUGGUCGUCCGUGGAAACUCUCCCCAAAGAGAGGCGAGUGAGUUUGAGGCAUGAAUCCAGGCACCUCGUCUGUUUAUUGGUGUCUCGAUCGCUAAGUAGGUUAGUGUUACAGGAGAUUCCUCCCCGGGGCAGAUGAACGGCGAGAUAACAAAAGGUGUGUGUGUGUGUGUGUGUGUGUGACAGCCCACUCCACAUCUCUGUGACAGCCACAGGUUAUUGUAUGUAGCCCAGCAAGUUCAGGACACGAAGCAAUCUGGCAAAGCUCCAAAGAUAAUGCAAAGUCGCCUCUAAAUCACUCAGCGAGCGAGAUAAAGGUUGGUGGCUCUGUCUCGGUACAUCAGAUGACAAACCGCAUAGGAAUCUGUCACGUUGCCAUCAGACAUGUUGUAUAACCUUACCACCACCGCCUGCCUGGUGCCGUCUCACACGCACACACACCCAGGGCCGAUGGCCACCAGGGGUGGCACACUGAUGUAAUACCUCGAGACAUCGCGGUGACAGAAUAACGCCUGGGCAGUUCAUUCCACGGCUGUGAUCGACAGUCAGGACCUCGCAGCAACAACAACAACUUGCACUUAUAUAGCGUUUUUUUUAAAAAAAAACUGAUUUCCUUUGUGAUCGGCGUGUGCUUUACCAUGAAGCGCUUCGAGACGUCUCGUAGAAGUGAUAAGGAGCUGUAUCAACGCGAGGAUUAUUACUAUGAUCACAGGACAUCGUUGAGGCCCAGGGAUAACCCACCUAAAUUGUCUUCAUCGAUUUACGUGGUGACUAUCUACAGUGAGGAUGGGAUGUGCAGGUCCCUGGAGGUGGGUGUCAGCGUGAAGGCCAGCGAUGUUUGUCACCUGCUGGUGCAGAGAAACCGCUGUGUGGAUGAGGAGAGCUGGACAUUGGUGGAGGUGUACCCCCACAUGUCACUAGAGAGAUACCUGGAAGACCACGAGUCCCUGGUUGAGAUCCAGAUGCUGUGGGAGGCCGACAGUGACAGCAAGUUCGUCUUCAGGAAGCACUUUGCGAAGUACGAGUUUUUCAGGAACCCGGCGCCAUUCUUUCCGGAGCAGCUGGUGGCAGGAUGUCUUGAAGCGAAUGAAGGAAUUCCACACUCACAGCUCUUACGGAAUUUCCUGAAUGCCAGACGUUGCCCUGAAAUCCAGGGCUUCAUCCACGUGAGAGACAAGGGCAGGAAGAGCUGGCGGAGGCUCUACUUCUUCCUGAGGAGAUCCGGCGUCUAUUACUCUACCAAGGGCACCUCGAAGGAACCGAGGCACCUGCAUUAUUUCGCUGACGUGAGCGAGGGCAACAUUUACACGGUGACCGAGGGCAGAAAGGCUUUCAACGCGCCGACCGACUUCAGCUUCUGUAUCAAGCCUUACAGGACGCGAAAUGGGAGCAAAGACCUUCAGCUUCUGUGCGCGGACGACGAGCAGAGUCGCACCUGCUGGAUGACAGCAUUCCGGCUCUUUAAGUUGGGAUCUCAGCUGUGUGUGAACUACCAGUUGUCGCAACAGAGACAGGAGCAGCAAGAGUGGCUCAAAUCCUCACCACCAAGAAACCUCUCAGAGACCUCGCUCGUGGCCAUGGAUUUCUCGGGCUGCACUGGGCGUGUGAUUGCCAACCCAGAGGAGGCCUGGACGGUGGCACUGGAGGAGGGACAGACCUGGAGGAAGAAGAGUUUGCAGAGGUACAGUCUGCCCAGCCCGUGCCAGGGCUCGGUGCUCAGCGCAGCCAUACACAGGACCCAGCCCUGGUUUCACGGGAGAAUCUCGAGGGAGGAGGCCCACAGGCUCAUCAUCCAGCACGGUCACGUCGACGGAGUGUUCCUGAUGAGAGAGAGCCAACGCACCCCCACUGGCUUUGUGCUGACCCUCAGUCACCAGCAGAAGAUCAAGCACUUCCUGGUGCUGCUGUGCGAAGAGGAUGGACAGAACUACUACAGCCUUGAUGGGACACACACCAAAUUCACUGACCUGAUCCAACUGGUGGAUUUCUACCAGAUUAACAGAGGGGUGUUGCCAUGUAACCUCAAACACUGUUGUAGCCGCAUUCCUCUCUAACACCUUCCCCGCCCG